AUUUAAGGUGCGCACCACCACUGCCUCUUCUGUUCUUUUUCCAUAUUGUUUUCCCCCUUCUUCGACGUCCCAGUUGUUCCCCUUCUAAUUCUUUGAGAUGCUUUUCCUUUUACUUCUUCCCUGAUGUUCCCCUUACAUAGCUCCUGAUUCUUCCUUCUCCUAUUUUUGUUUUCCUCUUAUUCCUCUUUUACCUCCAAAGACAAAAAUUCCUUUCUUUUUACUUUUUUACCGCAUAUGAGUGCUCUGUCUGUCUGUCUGUAUGCCAGUUUGCUCUCUUUCUUUCGGCGUUCGGAUGCCCUCAGUAAAUCCCUUCUGAAACAUUUCUUCCCUCUGAAUCUUCUCCUCUUGGGUUCUUCCUUGCUCUUUGCGCUUCCGGCCACACCUUAAGAUGGCGCUGGAGGUUGUGGGGAGCAGGGGAGUGGCGAGGCGUCCUGGGGUGGGGACUACAACGGGCAGCCUACUUGAGGGCGGACCAGUAAGUUUUGUCUACUGCUUCUGGUUGAAGUUGAGGAAGGAGGGCAAUUGUCAAUCCAGGAGAACAAGGUGGGGCCAUGAUGAGGAGGAGAGCUAUUUUGGUCAGUGUAGCCGGCUAUAUAUACAUAUAUGCCCUUUUGGCGCCUGCAAACAUGCUUUGGGAGACUGUCCGAGGUGGCGGCUGAGACAUGGGCGAGAGCUCGGAGCGCGUUGCCGCGGCCGCCGUGUCUGAGGACUCCAGCAUCAAGUCCUCUCUCAUCGAAAGAAACAAGGAAGAGCAGCAGGAGGUGAAAGGUAAAAAUCUCCAAGGACAAUGUCUCAGAAUUGUCACCCAUGUAUCUCCUGCUUGGCUUUACUGCUGUUAUGCACUGAUCAUCGUCCUCACUGGAGCUGUGAUUGCACUUUCUGUGGCUCUGUCAUUGUCAGUAAGAAAAAAGAACCCGGCCAUUGUGACCCCUGAAGCUGGGUGUGCAACCUGCCCAAGAGACUGGAUUGGAUUUGGAAGUAAAUGCUUUUUUUUUUCUGAACACAUAAGUAACUGGACAUCCAGCCAGACCUCAUGCAAGGAGCUGGGGGCUCACCUAACUCAAGCUGACAGUCUGGAGGAGCUGAUUUUCCUGAAUAGAUACAAGGGAGAUUCUGACCACUGGAUUGGCCUGCACAAAGAGUCACGAGAGCAGCCUUGGAUGUGGAUAAACAACACUGAAUAUAACAACUUGGUUCCCAUCCGAGGAGACGGAAACCAUGCCUACCUGAGUGACAGAGGGAUCAGCAGUGGCAGGGACUACAUGCAGAGGAAGUGGAUAUGUAGCAAAUCAAGCAGCUAUACUUUACAGUACCCAGUAUUCUCACAGCUUGUGUAGAGUGUGUCAGUUCAAUCAUGAGAGAUAACAUGUUAUCUGCAGUCAUAUUCUCAUUUCUUUAUCUCCUAAAAUUAUCAAAAUCAAUUCAUAAUGUCUUGUGACAUCAGCGAUAAAAAACUAUCAUAGAGGAGCAUAUUUACCAGUACUUGGGAGGUUAUGGGUGAUCCUAACUAAAUAAGCAUUUGGUAUGGUUUUGUCCUCAUAUUAUAAACCUGAAUUAGAAUCA